AUGUCGGCUACGCCUUCUUCUGGAGCCGUCCCCCCAGGGCAAGCGACGAGACGCGGGCGUCGCCUUCGCCAUCCGGAACGACAUCGUGGGACGACCGCCCUGUUUGCCGCAGGGCAUAAACGAUCGCCUGAUGAGCCUCCGUCUGCCUCUCCGGGGAGGCAAAUUCGCCGUCAUCGUCAGCGUCUACGCUUCGCCAUGACCGGCCCUGACGGCGCAAGGAGCAAAUGCUACGAGAACCUGCGCGCCCUCCUAGCAUCUGUGUUGAAGUCGGGCAAGUUAGUUGUCCCUGGAUCCCUGCAGAGGGGUGCUAGGUCCCGAUGGUCUCAAUGACUCCAACCACAAUGGCCUGCUUCUUCUACGAACCAGCUUUGAACACGACUCAUCCAGACGAACACCUUCUUCCUCCUCCCGAUGCGAGCGAAGACCACCUGGAUGCACCCUUGGUCGAGGCACUGGCACAUACUGGGUUAUGUCCUUGUCCGGAGGCGAGACCAGCAGAAAGUUCCGGUGACAAAGGCAAUUGCGGAUGCUGACGGGUAAACCGACCAUCGCCUCGUCAUCUCGAAUAUGCGGACUCGCUGACAGCCUCGCAGUAGACCACAAGGUAAGCGGUCCCCAGGUAAGAUUAAUAUUGCCUUGUUAUGUUUGCCUUCUCCCCAUCUACAUUUCAGCAACGAGUUAGCUCAACGGCUAGACAACCUUCCAGUCGCUGCCGCCACCGCCGCUGACGAGAACGCCUGCGUGGAGAACCGACGGUGUCAACUGUGGGACACAGUCCAGUCGACGGCGCUGGCCUUCCUCGGUCGCGCACGCCGCCAACACCAAGACUAG